AUGCGCUCAUUCGUCAUGCAUCUCAGUGUGCUGCUUUCACCUGAGGAAGUGGCAAACCCUUUCACCUAUGGGCAUGCCAUUCUGGCCCUGCCGGGAAUGCGAUACCUUUCAUUCCAUGCAGCCCUGCGAGCCGAUCUCACGUGCACUGGGAUUGCAUGCAUGCGUUAUGUGUCUCGCCCCAUUCAAAUGUCGCUUGAGGGAUUAUUUUCGCCAAAUAUGGCACUCGAUGACACAAACAACUUCGAACGUGAUUUGCGGGACAUAGACAACUUCUUCUGUUCCCUUUAUGGUGUUCAAUGA